AUGGUGAAACUUUCCUGGCUGAUGUGCGCCUUGAUCGUCGCCCUACUCUCGUGCGUCGCCCUGGAAGAAGAAACCAGACAUCCUGGAGUUCAUCGGCGUCAGCGUCGACAUCAUCAUCGGCAUCGUAGGCACCCGAAGAACCACCAUCACCCCUUCCAUAUGCGAAAGAAGAGGUCGAAUCCAAAACUGCAAAGAAUCGAAGGCAACGCAACAGAAAUUGAAUUAACUUUAGAUACUUCGUUAGAAACUACGAUGAAAUUUGUCGAAAACGGUUCAGCGCUUCCCUUGAAUUCUUCAAUUAUAACGAGUUCGACUACCGAAAAUGAAAUGUCCUUCACGAUUAGCGAUAAAAAUGGCUCGAUGGGAUCACUCCUCACGGUGGAUAUGGAAAAUGUAACACUCGUGAUGAACAUUUCAUCAACCACUGGGAUUUCAGAGGAUCUGGUUAUGGAGAGAAUUUCUGAGCCCCUCAAUGAUAGCGUUUCGCAAUGGACAAUUUCUACAGGCAAUUAUACUCGGAGUAAGGCACCCUUAUUACAUUCCCCCAAAAAAGGAACUACCGGAAAUUAUAGUUCUACAAUUUCCACCUCCGGAAUGGCUUCUGUAAAUUAUUCGAGUAACAACAACGAAUCUACGUCCACGUUGGUUUAUUCAUCUACUUCGAGCAGUCUCGAGGAGAAGUCGUCCUUGGAAGACCUCAGCAAACUCUUCGGCGUCAUUGAUACAGUUAAUGGUGGAGAAAAUGGAUCAGAAGUCCCCGGAACGGUUCAGAUUCGGAAGAAACGUUCGACGUUGAAGACAUCGAAGGUGGGAAAAGGGACUCUUCAAGAUAUGCAAGGUCCUUCGAUCCUCGGAGACGAAGAGGACACGUUGGACAUGGAUAACUUGGUUCCACACAUUCGCGUAAAGAGGGACAAAUUGGAAAAUGAAUACGCAUCAUUGAACGAUAAUCUCGCUAUAAACAACUUAGCUGAUAAGUCAUCCUUGCAGGUUCGUGUUCGAGAUACCUAUCUCGAUGAUCUAGCAGAUUCUUUCCCCCGGAGCAAAGACGGAGUCACCUCGAGCGAAGUCGGCUCAAAGAGCAAACGACUCGACGAUAUUUCCGAACGAAUCGAAGAAAAGAAGAAAGUAUGCGGGAGAAAGGUGGAGGAUCACGCGGCGAACUUGAAGGACGAGCUAGAUAUUCACCCUAGCAGAUUAAGUAACAUGGAAUGUGAUGAGCACAUUCGAAAGAGCAGAGACAAUUCCAGAGUGUAUCCUGAAUCGCUUUCCAUAGACGAAGUCAAUAACGUAUCCAGUAACGAGGAAAACGAAGAGAACCAGGGAAAAAGAGUUGUCAGCGAAUUAUCGUCGAGAAACGACGAAGAUUUAAUCCCCUAUAUCGGGGAUAACGAAAUAAUCGAGUCAAUGUUGUCCAAAGUCGACUAUGAAAAUCCCGAACAAAGUUAUGUCUCCAAUCAGGGAAGUGCCUCUUAUCGAAAGACGUCGAAACGCGAUUCGGAUAGAAUAGAAAAUGAGCUUAGGAGCUCUGACGAGUCCUCGAGGAACCUGAACCAAAUCGUGGAAGACAUCAGGAAUCUGAAAAGAGUGCUGUCGAAGGUUGAAGAAGGGUCUGGGCUGAGCGAAGAAGAGAAGUCUUUGCUGAGGCGAUACAGGAACGUUCAUGAAGAAAGUCCUUUGAAUGAUAAAGACCGGUACAAGAGGCGACUGAUAUCGGGAGGGCGAAGAAGUAAUGUCGGCUCGAGAAGGAAGAUAAUCAUAUCAAAGAGGCAUAAAGAGAGGAAAAGUGGGCCCUCCAAGCACAAAAGACACCUCAGGAAUAAUCAAGCGUCCAGAAGUCUUGCGGAAGAAAACCGAAGGCAGAGGAAGGUCGACGACCUAGAAGUCGUGGGUGAUCUUCAUGUGGAGUCCAAGAUGGAGAAAAGGGACUCGAGUGAUGGCAGAUCGGAAGUCGAUAUCGCCAGGAGAGACCUGGGUAGGACCAUGAAACAAGCUCGGAACGAAAGAAGCCCAGAAAAUUCGGAAGACGAACAGGAGGUGAUUUCACCUCACGACGGAAGACCACGGAGAGAAGUCGAGAACGACGAGGACGAUGGAGAAGAAAAGAAAGAUGGAGACCCCGAGUCUAGUUUAAAGGACCCUAAAUUAGCGGAUAACAGUUUGCCCAGAGCAGCAGCGGCUCUAAGAAGUGCCAUUCACGGGGGAGGUCCACCUUCUUCAGGGGAUAGCAGGGUUUCUUCGGACAAACCGGGAUUUCGUCGAGUGAAAAGAUACCACGAGGAAACCCACCCAUCCCAGAGCACCAGUGACCAAGAAUUCAAGUUCUACGAGGACGUCCGGGAGCCGGAAUCAACUUUGAGCCAACAUCGGGAACAUCACCCAUCAUUGGUGGAAGAAGGACGAUUCCUUCGCGGAGAUCGCGCUUCCAGAUCCGUGGAGGAAAUAAAGGAGCUGGUGGAGAAACUGGUGGCGAAAGUCGACGAACUGCAGAAUUACAUCAGCGGGGGACACGCGGACAGACGAGAGAAGAAGGGACGCAGCAACGGAGGAACUUCUCGAAGUAACAUCACGGAGGACAACUCAAGACUCGCCGAGAACAGGAACGACUCUUCAGGGAUCAUAGAGGCGGUCAAAGUCGAUCCAGGAUCGAGGGAGGAAAUGGCUAUUGAUCACCCGGGGAAGGAAAAGUCGAAAAAAGUGGAAGUCGAUCGUCCGAUCCAGACCAGACCAGCGAGGACCUUGGAGGGUCGCAAGCCCCGAAGAAGACGGCGAGGCCGAAGAAAGUUCCACCGGAAGUGGGACAAGUGGACCGACUGGAGCAGCUGCAGCGUCACGUGUGGAAAGGGCCGACAAAUACGCUGGCGACAUUGCAUCCACGACUGCACAGUGGCAGAAACGGAAAUGGAGGAGAAAACCUGCCAACUGCCUGCCUGCGCGCCUGGGAGGUUCCUAGGAUUAUUCUAG